AUGCACCUGACCGAUGCUGGAAGCUUCAUCCGGAACGCAGACAAGGAGAGCAUCGACUACGAGUCGAAGCCGAGCGCAGGCAGCGGCAAGCAGAAUAUGACGCUGCCGCAGCCGCCAACGCUCCCGGCAUCGAACGUGAAGAGAGAUGCACGUGUCCGGUCUAACCGAACGGUGGAAGCAUAUCUCAUCGAUAUCGACGCUGUGAACGGAUACCUACGACGAUUGAUGCCCACUCCCGUCAGGGUCUCCGAUACGCUCUCCGAGGGCCAGAUGCCAGGACCCGAUAGGGGAGUCUGUAUCGAAGUGGGGGGGGAAGGAUGCCGAAAGUGGUACACAAGUACUGUCGUCAGCAAGGACUCGACGAACGGUUUCUACUGCGAGGCCUGUCGCUCAGCCAAGCCAGUCCGAUACGUCGACCGCGUCAACAGAGGGGAUUUUCAAGUUACCCACGCCCAGACCGACCAAACGGCUGCCGAUGGUCUCACGGAGGGCCUCAAUGCACAAGGCCAUGGCGGGAUUGCGGACAUCAACCGAGCGUUGUGA